UUGGCGUCAUCAGAUGUUAACAGUGUCUUUGACGCUGUACUAACUGCACGUUUGUCGUCAAACGACUACUCGUUGUCUACCGAAGAGUGUUUCAAUCGCGAGUACUGGGAAAUGAUUGCCAUUUGUGAUCAUGACCAAUCAGUGCCCAAACCAGUGCCCAAACCAGUGCCCAAACCAGUGCCCAAACCAGUGCCCAAACCAGUGCCGCCGCCCAUUAUAUGCGAUUAUAGCCGCUGUUAUGGUAUGUUUGCGACCGAAGAGAUACUUCGUAUGCAUAAGAGAGCUGUCCAUCAAAGCACUGACCGGUUGUUGACAUCGACUCCAAUACUGCCAAACGGUUCCAAUGAUAGCGUUGUGUCUCGAGAGCUGUCCGGCCUUUACAGACAUAACUCGGUGUCCAACACAUCCAAUGAGUACUUGUUUUGCGAAUUAAUUAGUGGUGUAAAUGUUGAUGGCUUGCGGUUGGAUGACAUACCUGUGCCCACAUCGGCAAACGUGAACAUUAAUAACCGCUUAUGGGAUCCAUUGUUAGGAGUGGGCACUCAAACCCCAUCACGUGUCCACAGAGACAUCAAUGAAACGAUUCCAGCGCUCGACUCGUCAUCAGUCGGUGAUAAGUCACCGAUCCGUCCAUUAUUGCCGCCGCCGUUACCACCGCGAUACCUCAAAGCGCACCAGAAGUUGCGACACUACCGGCGAAGCGAGCGAUGCGAUCGCCAGUACCCCAAAGUGUCCCAUUCGUCGGCACACAUACGGGACAAACACUACUACCUGUGCCUAUACGACCGAUGCGAGCGCCGAUUUGAGUCCAGCCGACUUCGCGACCAACACCGGCUUAAAGCCCACUGUCAUUACCGGUGCCAUUACACCGGCUGCGACCGGCGAUUUUUAACCGGUCUUACACUACGCACUCACCUGCGAUGGUGUCCGUAUCGGCCCGACGCCGGGCGAUCGCCCUCCACGUCUUCGUCGCGCAGUAACAAAAGGUCGGCCGCCAGCAAGACUUACCGGUGCGACGUUUGCCGCACAAGUUAUACCGAUUGGGACACUCUCUACGACCAUACAGUUCGCACACAUAAACUCCGCACUCAUAGACACGCUGUAACUCCCGAUAGACCCGCGUUGACAGUCCGAGAGCGUAAAGGUAGACAAGUGGCCACAACUGAUCAUAUGAUCAACAAAUCUAAUAAGGACUCAACGCCCAAUUGCAACGUCACCGAUAUAUCGGUGUCCGAGAGUACGGCCGGCGCUUCGCCGCAACAAAUGCCUACUAAUCCGGUACCCGAUCCACAGCCCGUGUCGUCCCUCCCGGAGCAGUCACUCAGUAAUGACGGUGAAGGCGGAGCUGAUAACAAUAUUACUGCCGCUAUUUGUGAUGACACAGGGACUGGCGUUUCGGCACCGGAUUUGCCAACGAAUUCGCUAAACACAUGCCUUCAAUGCGGCCUAACGUUUGAAUCGCCGGCUAUACUGGAAGCCCAUAAGAUUGCCGGCCAUUUGUGGGGACGGGACGGCUACCGGUGCCGCCGAUGCGGACAAGUGUUUGAUGAACUAUGGAUAUUGAUGGCGCACGUGCGGGACGCACAUGUGCUGGCUAAUAAUAAUAAUAAUAAUUCCGUUCACAAGUGUGCGCCCACAUCACUGCCCGGUGCCGUCAAUAGUAUCGCGAGUUCAGUCGCUGCGGACAUCAUUGACUUAUGUAGCGAUUCCGAAGUGAGCACUUCCAGACACAGGCCGUCGGCCGACGUGACUGCCGGUGCAGCGGUCGCCGAGCCAUUAAUUGCCGCUUCCGAUAACGUCACCGCCGGUACAGACAAACCCCAAGCAUCACAUCCGACGCCAGCAUUCGUGUGCUAUACAUUCGUGUGUAUAUGUGACAAACGUUUUCAUUGGGAAAGUAGACUUAAACAACAUAAACUUGAUGUGCAUAACGACCUGCCGCUGACGUAUCGGUGCCGAUACGAGGGCUGUGGCAACGCAUACGCCAAGAAAAACUUAUUGAUUCGACACUUACUAGAGUUCAGUAGUCAUUGCAUACCCACUGUCAGUACUACGCAUAGAAGGCCAAUCGCCAGUACCGGUAGAUCACCGCCGACCAUAAGGCCAGUUCUUAAAGCCUACGCCGUCGCCGACAGGUCUCUACCCAUGGCAGCAAAGAAGGUGUACGCGUGCGACAUAUGCGCCGACAGUUUUCACAGGGAAUAUGAACUCAUAAAUCACGAGCUAUCUGUCCAUAACGAUCUACCGCUGACCUACCGGUGCCGCUACGAGAGUUGCGCCAAACCGUUCGCCACUAAAUCACUAUUGAAUUUACACUUACGUGAGUGCAGUGGUGGUCACUCAUCGAUGGCCGGCCACACGUCGCGGCCAGUCGUUUCCUGCGCGCGGAGACCGAUAUUACGGACACCGGAAAGUGCCGGCGAACUCAUGUACGGUAAUCGAGACGCAAAUGGGCUGCGUUUCGAUCGCCAGUAUAGCGAGUCUAAUGAGUCGAUUAAUCGGCCGACGAUUUGUCACAAGAAUCGACACAAAACGGAUGAAGCGAUCGGCAAAGUGGCCGCCGAGAAGCCUAUGGGUGUCUUCUCGACCGACGACUCGCUGUGCGAACGGUGUGGACACGUGAAUUGGAAUCGCCGGCUGUCCUGUAACUUGUGUUCGGUCGACAGAUUCAGUGACAGCGAGAGUCGGCCGAUAGGACUGGGAAGCGGUUAUAACGGGCGUCGCGAAGGCGUCCGCAUUUCAAACACCGUUUGCCAAACAAUAGCCGUCACAAAACUUAAUCAU